CACACACACACAGUGAGACAGCCUCUCUGGUCGGAGCUAACACUCAAUGGGGUGGGAGACUCAGCCGGGGGGGCACAGCCCUGAGCUGGGAUCGACGCUGAAUCUGCACAGGAACUGAAGUACCAUCCCUCCCAGUGAGAGAAUCCCCGGGGCAUGUCCUUUUCGAGCGAAGAGCAGGAAUUAGGACACGGACCUUGAGUGCAGGACUUGACUGGGAGUUCUCUACAGCUCCGUUUUUCCCCUCCCUCUGUGCAUUGCCCCUGCUGCUCACUGCCGGUCUCUGAAGGAAGGGGGAAAUGAGGUUAACUCGCAGAGCUGAGGGUCUGUUGCUGGCUUCCCUCGGCUGUCUGGCUGCACUGGUCUAUUUCUUCCAAGCUGACCUGGGACAUGUUAUCUGGGGCCAAAAGGACAAGCACCUGGAAGCGGAAUCCGAGGAUGGCAGAGCUGUGCAGGAGGACUCCAGCGAGCUGCUCGAUACCUUCGAUGAGAGGAGAUACCUCGAUGCGAAACGCUGGAGACCCGGUGAAGACCCUUACAAACUCUAUGCCUUCAACCACCGAGAGAGUGGCAGAGUUCCCAGCAAUCGGGGGAUCAGGGAUACCAGGCAUUACAGAUGCUCGAUGCAGCAGUACAGUGCUGACCUGCCUCCCACCAGCAUCAUCAUCACUCUCCACAACGAGGCCAGGUCUGCCUUACUGCGGACAGUACGAAGCGUGCUGAACAGGACUCCUGCUUACCUUGUCCAUGAGAUCAUUCUGGUCGAUGACUUCAGUGAGGACCCUGAUGAUUGCCAGCUGUUGACCAAACUUCCAAAGGUGAAAUGUCUGAGGAACACUCAGCGUGAAGGGUUAAUCAGGUCCCGGGUGCGCGGGGCAGACGCUGCUGGAGCUGGAGUGCUGACGUUCCUGGACAGUCAUUGUGAGGUGAACAAGGAUUGGCUGCCUCCUCUCCUCCAAAGAACUAAAGAGGAUCCAACCCGUGUGCUCAGCCCCGUCAUCGACAUCAUCAACAUGGACACCUUCGCUUAUGUGGCAGCUUCAUCAGAUCUGAGAGGAGGGUUUGACUGGAGCCUCCAUUUUAAAUGGGAGCAGAUGACACCGGAGGUCAAGGCCAAAAGGCUUCAGCCCAUUGAACCAAUCAGGACACCAGUUAUUGCUGGAGGUCUGUUUGUGAUCAACAAGGCCUGGUUUAACCAGCUCGGGAAGUAUGACACUGCGAUGGACAUCUGGGGCGGGGAGAACUUUGAGAUGUCCUUCCGUGUGUGGAUGUGUGGUGGGACCCUGGAGAUCAUCCCAUGCAGUCGAGUGGGCCAUGUUUUCCGCAAGAAACAUCCUUACGUUUUUCCAGAUGGCAAUGCUAAUACUUACAUCAGAAACACGGAGCGUACCGUUGAGGUCUGGAUGGAUGAGUACAAACGGUUUUACUAUGCAGCUCGGCCGUCUGCCAGGGGGAGGCCUUAUGGAGAUGUACGAAGCAGGCUGGAACUGAGGAGGAAUCUCAACUGCAAAUCUUUCCAAUGGUACCUGGAGAACGUCUAUCCUGAACUCAAAAUUCCUGCUGACACGGAUUCCCACCGGGGAGUGAUCCGGCAAAGGCAGGAUUGUGUGGAGAGUCGGAAAGCAGCCAGUCACCAGGAUUCGCUGACUGUUAGCCUCAGGAGCUGUAUCCGGGAAAACAAUAUUCCUGCAAGCAAUCAGGAAUGGACAUACACCCAAGAACAGAGGAUCAGUCAGAACCAGCUCUGUCUGUCUGUGGCCAGUUUGUUCCCAGGAGCCCGGGUUAUUUUGGUGCCCUGUAGAGUCAGAGAUGGGAAACAGCUCUGGCAAAGGGCUGGCUCCCGUAUCGAGCACCAGGUAUCUCGUUACUGUUUGGACAGCGAGCUGUCGGGCAGCGAUGAGGUCUACAACACAAAACUCCUGGUGAUCAACCCGUGUGAGACAAUGAUUCUCAGCCAACGGUGGGACAUGGAGUAGAUCCCCUGGGAAUGAGAAGGACAGCAAAGUAUCAAUCUUCAGCUGCGGACGUAAAAAGUGACGAAUUACCGAGAGAUUGAGUACUGCUCCCUGUACUGAGAGGGUUGGUUUGAAAUCGAACUAAAGUCCUGUCUGAUCUUGAUGUCUGGAAAUGAUGUAGAACUCAUGCCUUUGAUGAGCUUAUCUUUGGGAUAACAAAGUAAUAGGCUGAAACUUCAUUGCCAUGGCGAAAAGGAACCUGUGGAUGUAGACACAUCAAAGUGGACAAAUCUAGUGACUUCUUGGAAACGAGUGAUUUGUUUUCAUUUGGAGAGUUUAAAAAAAACUAAAUAUUGAAGUGACAGCUUCAUAAUCUGUCCUUUUGCUACACAAACGCCUUUGUAAAUGCUCUCGAUGCCCGAAGGGUAAUGGCCUGAGCCUCAUGGGUCUGUUUGAAGGAAGGAUAGCACAAUUUGGAACUGAAUAUUUUUUAUUCAUUCACGGGAUGAGGGCAUCGCUGGCCAGGCAGCAUUUAUUGCCCAGGGGGCAGUUAAGAGUCAACCACAUUGCUGUGGGUCUGGAGUCACAUGUAGGCCAGACCAGGUAAGGAAGGCAGAUUUCCUUCCUUAAAAGACAUUAGUGAACCAGAGAGAUGGUCACGAUAAUCAAACCUAGUCACCAUUGGAAAAGCUUUCUAUUCAUUCUGAUCUCAGUGAUCCAACACAGAUCCAAUCCUGAUCACCCCCGUCAAAGGGAACGAUCCUCACUCAGAGGGAAUCAGUCUAAAGAAUCAAACCCAAUAGCACUCUGCCAUAAUUGUCCCAUUCCGAAAGGAAUCACCCACACUGAUCCUGAACAAUCAAUCUCAUUGGCCAUGACGCAAAGGAAUCCACUGCGUUACUGUGUCACAAAAUGCAGAGAGUAAAAUUGAGAGAGCGUGAA